AUGGCACGCCAAACCCCAGUCCGCUCCACUCGGGGCAAGGUCACCCGUGGUCGUCAGCCUAAGAAAGACACAUCAAGUGAAUAUCAGACUUCAGAGGUGUACCAAGAAAUGUUGGAUGAAGCUGAGGCGCGAGACCCCGAGCAGUUCCAGGAUAGGCCGACCAAGAGACGCAGAGUUGGCGAUACAAAAGCCAUUCCUGUAAACCCACCAUCAUCGGACCAGAACACCGUGGAAAAGUCAGCUUCAGGUCAAACCGAUACCCAACAAAUACAAACCGUUUAUGACUCAACUACAGAGGACGAAUCAGAUAUUGAGUGGGAGGAUGUUGAUAUCCAACAAGCGGCACAGGAGCCUCCCAGUGCAAGUGCCCUUUCGGAGGGAGGAGACGAGACCCUUCAUAUCAUCCUUGAAAAGGAGCCCGAGGCCCAAAAGAAGACUGUAGCCAGAAGAAAGCCGGUCACUGCAACGGAGAAAAAGUUACGUCUAGAUAUCCACAAGACCCAUCUCCUUUCUCUAUUGGCCCAUGUGAACCUGCGGAAUCGGUGGUGUAAUGACCCUGAGAUACAGGUGUGUGCCAAGAACCUAAAUUGUGGUCAAAAUGUCUAA